AUGGGCGUCGCGUUACGCACCUUAGCCGGACGUUUGGUUCAUCCCACAGCGCCAGUUCUGCUUACCAAAAGUGGCCCACAUGGCACUCGCAUUCGUUUCUGCCGCCGUCGAGACGACGAAGGCGGCAGAGAAGUGGGGCGGCUCCGUAUUCGGGAGAGUCGACCCGUUCCACCCGUUCCGAGUUCGAGAGUAGGUCGAGGCCGUGAACGGCCCGGGGCCUCCAAUCGUUCGCUUUACCGGAUGGAAUUGCGACGAUCGAACGCCAGCUAUCCUGAGGGAAACUUCGGAGGGAACCUGCUACUAGACGGCUCGAUUGGUCUUUCGCCCCUACACCCGGUUCCGACGAUCGAUUUGCACGUCAGAGGCGCUUCGGACUUCCACCAGAGUUUCCACUGGCUUCAUCCCGACCGGGCGUGGAUCGCCAUCUUUCGGGUCCCUGGCCGCUCGCUACGCCAGAGUCGGCCGAGUCGUACUCGGAGAAAAAAUUACCGACCCGGGGGUAUUUCAAGCCGCGGGAUCUCACCGGUGGGCGUUUUCCCCCCGCCACAAGCGCCCGAGCCCACUGCGUCAUCUCCCGGCGACGGGAAAAUCGUGGAGGAACCGAUACGGGACGGAUGGAGGAAAAGAGGGAAACGAACGACGGGACGAAGAUGGCAAGCGCCGGCGGAAUCGGGCACGGCUAGGCAGGCGGAAGGAAGCGAGAAACUCCCCGCCGGAACCGCUUUCGCCGCGACACCUCUCCCAGAACCGGUGCCCUCCCACGCGUUCUCUCGCUUUCGCUGCGCCUUCGGGGACUCCUCGGUCCGUGUUUCAAGACGGGUCGGGUGGGUUGCCGAUGCACGUCGCGGACCCGAGGUGACGGGCGGCACAGUCAGACGCCGACCUACCGCGCUGGCAGUGCCCUCCCGCGCGCCCAGAAUUUGGCGUCCGGACGCGGAGAAGACGAUUCGACGAGACGACGUCGCGUGCCGGCAAGGGAAUCGACGCGGCCGCGCCGGUUUCGAAGCUCCCACUAACACUGUCCCGCGCACGCCCGAGACGGUGGGGCGCCGAGGGCGCGCGAAGUGCCGCGCGGAUCGUCCGACGAGAAGAAACCGGUUCGCCACGUGUAACGGAUCGCGUUUUCGUUUCCUCCGUCCCCGGCAGAAGGGGGCAGUACGCUCGCGGGCCCGACAGAAGACGCCCCCCCCCCGACAAGCAGGGGUGGAGUUUAGAGUGCGCCUUCCGCCUACGGACACCGCGCGUCGACCUGCACGCCGGGAACGGGUCGCGACGACGGACCGGAGGGGAAGUGUUUCCGGUGCCGGCCGUGCGGAAUGUGAGCGUCGCGCCGAAGCGCCCGCGCCAUAUGAUGCCGAGCGAAGGAAAGGUGCGGGUGAUCGCGAGGAAUGGAGAGGAGGAGCCACGACGGCAGCGACGGCGGCCACGGCGGCAGCCGCAGCAGCAGCGACGCGAAUCGCCGCCACAGCGGCGGCAGCCGCCUGUCGCGGCGACCGCCGCGCUCUCCUCGUUCCCCGCGGCCCGUCUCUCCCGUCGGCGACGCGAGCGCAAAAAGCAGAAUCCGGAUGGCGUCGAGGUCGAGUUGCCGGCGGCAGAGCUGCCGAGAAACUGCGUUCCCCGCCGUUCUUUUCAACUUUCCCUCACGGUACUUGUCGACUAUCCGUCUCGUCCCGGUAUUUAGCCUUGGAUGGAGCUUACCACCCGAUUUGGGCUGCGUUCCCAAGCAACCUGACUCUCGGAUCGAAGGCCGUCGCUCGCCGUCCGCACCGAAUGGGCCUGGCACCCGCCGCGGGCGGCCCCGAUCGAGGAACUCCGAACUACGCGAGACGAAAACGAGCGACUGCCUUCGACCCAUGCGCCACACGUCCCGAAGCCUUUUACUUGCGACGGGAUUCGGCGUUGGGCUUCUCCCGGUUCACUCGCCGUUACUAA